AUGAUCUUCGACCCUAAGCCCCUGGACCUGCCAUCGUCGUACGAGCAGGUCCCAACCACCGGUCAUGUCAUCGUCUCACACUAUCCACCGGGAUCGUCGUCAGUCACCCCCGUCUUGGUUGUCACGCUGAAUCGUCCUGCAAAUCACAAUGCCUUCACUCCGCAGAUGGUGCAGGACUUUGAAAACCUGUACCCCUUAUUUGACGCCGACGAGCGUGUCAAGGUCAUCGUCCUGACCGGAGCAGGCAAGACCUUCUGUGCCGGCGCAGACCUAGAUCUAGGCUUCGCAACCCAUCUGGACCAAGAGAAAGCCAAGGACCAUCGGGAUGGGGGCGGACGAGUUGCACUGGCCAUUCAUCACUGUCGCAAACCAACAAUUGCAGCCAUGCAAGGCUCCGCAGUUGGAGUCGGGAUGACGAUGACUCUUCCAGCAAUUAUUCGAAUUGCCUAUGAGAAAGGCAAAUAUGGGUUCGUCUUUGCGCGCCGCGGGAUCACCAUGGAAUCCUGUUCAUCCUACUUCCUCCCGCGGUUGAUCGGCCACUCGAACGCGAGCUACCUGGUCAGCACAGGCGGUGUUUUCCCGCCCAAGGCGAAGCACUUUGGCGAUCUGUUCAACGAGGUUCUUCCCGAACCGAGGCAAGUGCUUCCGCGCGCGCUGGAGCUAGCGAGCGAGAUCGCUACGAAUGUGAGCCCGUCUGCGUCGUAUCUUAAUCGCGCCCUGCUGUGGCGAGAUGCCGGUUCUCCAGAGGCAGCACAUCUGGUCGAAUCCGAACUCCUGCAUCACAUGUUUGGAGCAGCAGACCAGAAAGAAGGCGUCGGGGCAUUCUUCGAAAAACGCAAGCCGAAUUUCCGAGCCAAUCUGGACGACGAUCCGCCUCAGAACGUCCACUGGUGGCCCCAGAUUGACACCGGUCGAAGCCCCAAGGCAAAAUCUCCUGCUAAACUAUAG